UUAGGAGAUUAUGAUUAUCAGACAGAUUAAACAGUGAUUAGAAAGAGAGAGGGAAGUGGUAUAUAAAGAAAGGCAAGGGAAAGCAAUUUUCAAUGCUAGAAAUGCCCAUAAUCUCAUCUAAUCUUAUUUAUCAUCUCUCCUUUUCUUUUCUACAUAAAUUGUUUGAUUUGAAAGAAGAAGAACCGAACUUCAGCAACAGAGAAGUACCAUAAAGAGUAGAGUUAUAAGUUUGGUCACUGACAUAUCGAUAUCUUUUGUGGGCAAAGCACAGGUAGCUAGCAAAGAUGCGUAGCAUGUCCAGCUCGGGCUCUUGCAGAGGCAUCGCUGCCAUUGUUGGCGUCGGACCCAAACUGGGUCUAUCCAUCGCCCGAAAGUUCGCCCAUGAAGGCUACACCGUCGCCAUCCUCGCCCGUGACUUAGGGCGAUUAUCAGUAUUUGCAGACGAGAUAGCAAGGGAGGAGAAAGCACAAGUGUUUGCGAUCAGAAUUGACUGUUCAGAAUCAAGAAGCGUGAAGGAGGCAUUUGAAGGAGUGCUGUCACUUGGAUUUGUUGAAGUGCUGAUAUACAAUGCUUACCACCCAGUCUCUUUGCACCCCGCCAACUUAACUGAUAUCCGCAUUGAUUCUUUUGAAAAAUCUGUCUUCGUCUCCUCCAUUGGCGCUUUUCUUUGUGCUCAACAGGUUCUUCCUGGCAUGGUGGAAAGGGGAAAGGGGACAAUUCUGUUUACUGGGUGCUCAGCUUCCCUCAGUGGCAUGGCGGGUUUCUCUGAACUAUGCUGUGGGAAGUUCGCCUUGAGAGCACUGUCGCAAUGCCUGGCAAGAGAGUUCCAGCCCUGUGGCAUUCACGUCGCCCACGUCAUCGUCGAUGGUGUCAUUGGCCCACCCAGGGGACCGACGACAUCGCAGAGAUCGGUGGUUGGGGAGCAACAACAGGGCGGAAGAGGAGAGGGGACCAUGAUAACGAUGGACCCCGACUCGCUGGCUCAGACCUACUGGCAUUUGCAUGUUCAAGAUCGAACCGCUUGGACCCAAGAGAUGGAUCUUCGUCCUUCUCCUGGAUUCCACCAGUUCUGAUUCCCCAGUUUCCACUCUUCCCUUUUAUACAUUACUUUACUAAAGUACUUUCUCUUUACAAUGCAUUGCAUAUACAUAUUGUUCACUCUGGUUGGACCCUUGCCAGUUACCACACUGCUCAAACUAAAGGGUCGUUGUUGCUUGCGUUAUAUGUGAUAUUAUUGUAUGAUUGAAGGCUCA